UCUGCACACACUGAAAUCUGCACAAGAUUCUGACAAUUGGUGUAGUGAAAAGUUUUCACUCGCAAUUUUCCUGUCAUCCGUUGGAUUUUACCGUGUAGACGCCGUUUUGAUACGCAUUUGAUAUUGCCGUGGCCCGAACAUGGGCUAGAUCGGCCUCAGUAGAAAUUCUAAAGAUUCGAGAGAGCAAAUCAACUGAAUUACGCGCACGAUGGAGGGUGACAAAUUUCUUAUGGCCGCUGGAGUAACGGCGGCCGUGGUGGUUGGGGCAUUUGUUUUUUGGGGUCCCUCGGGUUCGCGAUUGAGACAGCGGCGAGGCCAGAUCGCAGGCUUGCACAACUUCGGACGGACUUGCUUCCUGAAUACUCUGCUGCAGGCAUUGGCUGCGUGCCCGCAGUUCAUCGCGUGGCUGCAGGUGCACUGCAACUCGUCAGACAAGAAAAGCCUAAUGACGGCCCUACUCAAUACCCUGGAGGUGAUAAAUGGGACUCAUCCCACUCUGCGGGGCGAUCCGUAUUCGCCCGGUGCAGUAAUCCGCGCUUUGAACAGUCUGGGGUGGAUUAUUCCGCCGGACGAACACGACGCCCACGAACUGAUGCACGUCUUGCUCUCGACGCUUGAAGAGGAGGCAUCUCGUCCACGAAAAAUAGGAUCCUUAUCGGACGCGCUGGGCGGCGAUGCGAGCUUCAACAGGAUGCCUCCAGCUCGACCUUCCAGCGCGAUGUUGUCCGAUUUCUGUAAUCCCGAUUACGACGAAUCGACAAACUUAUUGCGGCAAGUGCGUUCGGAGGCACACACACCGGACUCUCCUCAUUCAAUGUGCGGCGACAGGGAUGGCGAUGUUGAUCUUGAUGAGCAUUCCCUGAAUGAUAGUGACCCCAACAUGUCUCCAAAUCUCAGCAUAACAACGCGGGCAAGCAGACCACGGACAAUGCAACCACCGAUUGGGGACGGACUACAUAAACGCAACUCGGAAUCGUGCAGAUCUUUGGAGAGGCUUAGCAGAGGACCGGGGAUGGUUUCGAUCUGGUCGGAAAAGGCCCACAUUCAAGUACCACACCCGUUCCAGGGGGCGCUUGGCAGUCAGAUGGUUUGCUGCUCCUGUGCCCAUAAAUCAACAGUUCGAUAUGACAAAUUCGAUAGUAUCACCCUCAAUUUGCCCGAGGAACGGCGGACGGGCUUAAGUUUGGGCCAAAUGCUCAGUGAAUACAUUGCUUCGGAGAACUUGUCGGACGUGAAGUGUGACGCUUGCGACGAAUAUACCACGCACACCAAAUCCAUAACAUUUGCGAAAUUGCCGGCUUGUCUGUGCAUUCACAUUGCUCGCACCACGUGGCUUUCAACGGGUCAGGCCUGCAAGCGACCCGACUACGUGCAUUUCCCAGAGAGCUUGUCAAUGGCACCAUAUAGUUUUAUCCAACCGCAUUUGAGCAGUCAGGCUAGCACACCUUGGGGCUCUACCGUUUCACUUUUGUCAGCCAGUUUGCCGACCAACGGAGAAGCCUUUGGGCCCUACAAUUUCGGUGCAAUGUUUCCAAAGAAUUUAUAUCGGCUGCUAGCCGUUGUUGUACAUUCCGGCGAAGCGAACAGUGGACAUUUUGUUACUUAUAGACGUGGUGCUCUUCGCAAUUCACACAGAUGGUAUUAUACAUCCGACACAGUAGUUAAGGAGGUUUCAAUCGACGAAGUUCUAAGUGUCCCCGCCUACAUGCUAUUCUACGAUCGCGGUCCGCAAAAGAUGAGUGCCAGAUAAACGCCAAUAGCUCCGCAAUCCUUCGCUACGACGAGUAUAUUUUGUUAUUGAAUUCCUAACAUAUGUUAUUCACAUGUAUGUACUGUUUUCAUUAGCAAAUCGAAUCUGUAUUCUAUCAGCAUUGUUUCCAAGUACACUCUUAACUUUUCUAUCUGGUUGUUGUUCCACUAUUCAGAGCUCAACUAAACGUAUUUUUUCUACAAACUUGAAUUUUUACGCAACUGUUUCUUGAAGUUUUAACGAUACCAAAAAAUCCUAAUAUUACGGUAAAGAGGAAGGUUAUCUGUAAGAAAUCAUUUUCAAUUUAUGAAUAGGAAAUAGGAAAGAGGGUCCGUAGCACUAGAGAGUCGUAUUAGAAUAAGCCGUGAAUGAAAUUUGCAAAUUGAAACAAAUGGUGACUACAUAAUGAUCUCUUUUUAUCCAUUCGAUGGGUUCAUUGUUUGUUGACAUAAUAUUAGAAGAGAUACUAAUUAGCAUUUCAAAAUUUUACUUCCGUAGGCAUUAGCGUUAACAUGAAUCUAAACAAUAACAACAUAAACAUUAUCUGCGUAGUUGAACUGCCAAUAAUAGUAACCAGAUUUAUACUUUGGAAGUUCAUUUUAAAAUGAAAAUAAACGAUUGUCACAAAGUUUUACUGAAAAUCCGAGUGUGCAGAGCAACAAAACAUGAACAAAUAUUUGAAACCAUAAAUUAAGAUUAUUAACUUUGUAUGGAAAACUCAACAUAAAUUCUCGAUAGCAAACGAAACCACAAUUCCAAGCUAAUAUUUAUUGAUUGAAAUGUAGACUCAAUGCAAAUAAACUAAUGAGAUUACAGAUUUGUAUUUUGUUUUGUAGUCAUCAGCUUUAGUAAAUGACUUGUUUUAGUGAUUGUGUGUACAUAUUUUAUUGUAUCAGAAUUAUUGCAUUUAAGGUGAUCAUUUCCUGAUAGUUUUCUUUAAAUUAUGCUUAUCGGUAAAACUCAUUGCAUUUUUCGCUUUCUUGUUCAUUUUUGUCUUGUUAUCUAGUCUUGGUGCGUAAGUUUGUAAGAUUUUGUUGAUGAUUUUGACGAUAUUACGAAAUAUUUGAUACAGCAGACAUAUUAGUGUUGAAAAUAUUUAAUUACCAUAAGAUCAUUAUAGACUCGAGCAUAUUCAUAUAAAUUUCGAUAGUUAAUAAUCACAGAAGGGAUGAAAUCUAAUGAACUUUUUUGUAGAUUUCAAUACCCAAUUAUGACAUAUUCAAUAUGGUCUAUAUUUUUCGAAGACAAUGGAAACAGGUGGAUUAAUGUAUUUGCUAUAAUGCUAGAAGUAGUUUAAAAUAAUAUCCAGAAUGGUCAACAAAGCUGUGUCAUUUAAUUGUAUAGAAUAAAUAUUACAUUGAGUUGAAACAAG